CUUCGUAGCUCGGCGUACGUUCCUACCGGAGACAUUAUUGCAUUGGACAGCUUGAGGAUCGUGACGUGGUGAUUGGUCGUUGAUCCCUAUCUUGAAAACUAUUUUGCUGGCGUUAGCAUUGGUCAGACUAAAAGCAUAUCGGCAUUCCUGGACAUUUAUACAUUUUCAUUGCCGAUAAAUUAAAAACCGCUUUUGUUGGUCCUUAAGCGGAACUGAGUUUUUUGGAGCUGUUUUGUCUGGUCGCAGCCGGGACUGAUCAUGAAGCUCUACAGCCUGAGCAUCCUGCACAAAGGAGCCACUAAAGCCAACCUGCUCAAGGCGGCCUACGACCUCUCCUCCUUCAGCUUCUUCCAGCGCUCCAGUGUCCAGGAGUUCAUGACCUUCACCAGUGCCUUGAUUGUUGAGAGAACAUCACAUGGAAGCCGUGCCUCUGUCAAAGAACAAGAGUAUCUGUGCCAUGUGUAUGUGAGAAAUGACAGCCUGAGUGCGGUGGUCAUAGCAGACACUGAGUACCCACAGAGAGUCUGUUUCACAUUGCUAGACAAGGUAUUAGAGGAAUUCUCCAGGCAAGUGGACAGUAUAGACUGGCCCUCUGGUAACCCUGAGACCAUCAACUACAAAGCCUUGGAUAUCCACCUUGCUAAAUACCAGAACCCCAGGGAAGCAGAUGCAAUGACCAAAGUGCAGGCUGAGCUGGACGAGACAAAGAUCAUUCUGCACAACACCAUGGAAAGUCUGUUGGAGAGAGGAGAGAAACUUGAUGAUCUUGUUGCAAAGUCAGAGCACCUGGGGAAUCAGUCCAAAGCCUUUUACAAGACUGCACGGAAGCAAAACUCAUGCUGUGAAAUUAUGUGAUGCUGCCGCCUAGUCCUCCUGGACACGCCUCUCUCUGCCUUUCUGCUUUUCCUACAACUCCCAUCAUGCACCAGCCACCAGCUCUCAGCACAAAGGACAGAAUGAACGCUGUCCAACGCAGGACGGGGCACCAGGACAAAGCAAGGAGGGGUUGAAGGUGGUGACCCGUCUAGAUGUGAAAUAUCUGGACUCUGACUGAUGGGGGCUGAAGGACUGAUGGGGUUUGGUCAGGGAAAACGUAAUAUUCAAAUUAUUUUAACCUUUCAAAGGGUAAACAUCGUCGUGGUGUUUCAAUACCAGCUGAGGACAUAAUAGUGUGAUCUUGUGUAUUGGUGGUGUGUUGUUGAAAUGUCUUCAAAACAUUUAAUGUACUCAGACUGAAUCAGUUCUCAAUGGAGUUUGAUCUCAGCUCUGGAAAUUUAGACAGAGGAUUAACCCAAGUUUGUCUGUGCUUCUUGCUUCAAGGCAAAUCUGACAAUCUCAUGUUCUGAUUUUUUGAACUAAUGUCACUGCUGAGGUUAAAUCCUUCUCGACAGAGGCAAGCUGUUUUUCUUGCAGGCAUAACUUAUUCUGCCCACUGGGUGGCCCUGUUUUCUCACUCUUCCAUCAGGGGCCACAAGGUUAUCUUAUCAACGGGUGUCAAUGCCUGAGGUCAUUCCGGAAACAGUAAUAUGAGCCGAGACAACAAGCGUGCUCCUAGGGCACCUGAGAUUGAAAUCCCACUGAAUUGUACAACAAUUAAAAAAAAAUGCUAGAUUGGAUUAAGUUCCAUGAUUUUUCUUGCAUUUUUAGUGCGGUCUUACAGUGUUAAAUUAACACCUAAAACAUUCCCAAAUUUCGGUAAUUGUGUUACUGACUGGUGGUGCAACUUGAAAGCUGAUGAGAAGUGUGAUGUAAACUAUAAUAUAGUAGAUGUUCUCCAUAGACCAAGCCUUACUGCAGUAUGGCGUUCUUGUAAGUCCCCUGUCCUGUCCAUGAUUAUGUAGUCGAAUGAGGACAAGCUGUUGUGAGCUUCUCGGUUUUACACUCACCAUACAGUAGCCAUACUCUUCUUCUUUUAAUGGCCAAGAUACAUUUAAGCUGGUCUGUAAAACUCAUAAUCCCACAUGGACCUCAGCGGAUCACUUGCAUUUUUGUUAUCAUUGUGAUCCAAAAGGAAAAAAUCUGACCAGCACUCUGACCUCAGAUGCCUCCAAAGGUUCACUUCUCUCUCUCUCUGGCCUCUUAUUUUGCGCUAGCUGAGUUUUCUACAAAAUGGGUGUAAUUUAAUGUGUGAAAAAGAGAUAACGCACACAUGUUGAGUGAUGCCAUUUUAAUUUGGGUGAUUUCACAGGUCAGACAUAGUAUUACACACUCCACAUUGAUCACGCAGCUGUUAUUUUUCCUCAUUGUCACGUAUCAGCGUAGUCGGCUCGCUUUGGACGAGUCUGAAUUUGUAGAAAUCCCUUCAGCCGGACACGUUGUUCCCUUCGCUUGCAGUCAACAACAGUUGAAAAUGAAGAGAUGCCUUUGAUUCUGUAUUAUAGAUGUUUUCUCUGCUUUGUUUCUGCUGUAUGACUUUUGCUGAUAUACUGAAGUGUAGACUGCAUUGACGUUUGUGCGACUGUAACUGUGUGACUGUUGUGUGUGUGAUCUGAGUUGAGUUGCUCUUAAUGCUUUUACAAUAUAAACUUCUGUGCAAUAGCUCUGCAGACUGUCCAUUAAUGUCUCUCCUUUAAAGCAGGGAGAAUAAACGGCAAAACAAUUCCCCUAAAGGACAGUAACUUGACCUUUGUAUAUUCUGAUUAACUCUCACAUGUGAAGCUUGUUCAGGGGUGUGUGUGAGCCAUUUGUUUAAAGAUGGGGUUUCUUCUUUCAAAGUUUUAAACGUGUUGAAUUUGAGAGUAUAUCAACUAUCCGUAAUUAUACUGUAGCUUUUUACAGUUCAACUUUUCACUGUCCAGUUUGUGAAAUCAAUUAAUCAGUCUGCAUUACAAUUUGUGACCCAGUUAUAGUCCACAUUCAAAGAACAUAUUUAAAAGUCUGAACAAUACUUUUCUGACUGUAUUAACAUUUUGUUUUGGGAACUUGGAGUCGCUGAAACACUAACUGUUUACAGAACAUGUAAUCUUGACUAGAUAAACAAGGAAAAAUGG